AUAAUCAGGUGAACUUUCCCUUUAUCAUCCCAGGAGUUUUGGAGCCCGUCAAGCCCCUCCCAUAUUUCCAUGACCACGCCCCCGUGUUGGCAGUGCUGUGACGUUUCCCGGGAGUCUGCGACACGCGUGCCUCUCCUCCGGAUCGCAUCCCGCCCGGCCCGGUCCCCGCGGUUCUCUCGGUGUCUGUGCGUCCCGAUGGACUGAAGCGGUCCACAUGGCGGUGAACUCGGUGCACUGGUUCCGGAAGGGGCUCCGGCUGCACGACAACCCGGCGCUGCAGGAGGCCCUGAGCGGGGCCGACUCGGUCCGCUGUGUUUACAUCCUGGACCCCUGGUUCGCGGGCGCCGCCAACGUGGGAAUCAACCGAUGGAGGUUCCUGCUGGAGUCUCUGGAGGACCUGGACAGCAGCCUGAAGAAGCUCAACUCCAGGUUGUUUGUAAUCAGAGGGCAGCCCACGGACGUUUUCCCCAGGCUCUUUAAGGAGUGGAACGUGACCCGGCUGACGUUUGAAUACGACCCCGAGCCUUAUGGGAAGGAGCGAGAUGCAGCCAUCAUCAAGAUGGCGCAGGAGUUUGGAGUCGAGACCCUCGUCAGAAAGUCACACACCCUCUACAACCUGGACCGGAUCAUUGAGAUGAACAACAACAGUCCUCCUCUGACCUUCAAGCGGUUCCAGACCAUCGUGAGUCGGCUGGAGUUGCCGGGCAGACCCCUGCCUGCCGUCACCCAGCGGCAGAUGGACACGUGUCGCACUAAAAUAACCGACAACCACGACCAGCUGUACAGUAUUCCCUCUCUGGAGGAGCUAGGCUUCAGGACGAUGGGUUUACCUUCAGCUGUUUGGCGAGGAGGAGAAUCCGAGGCUUUGGACCGGCUCAACAAACAUCUCGACAAGAAGGUGUGGGUGGCCAACCUGGACCAUCCCCGGGUCAACACCUGCUCUCUGUACGCCAGUCCCACCGGCCUCAGCCCCUACCUGCGCUUCGGCUGUUUGUCGUGCCGGGUUUUGUACUACAACCUGCGGGAGCUCUACAUGAAGCUCCGGAAGCGCUGCAGUCCUCCUCUGUCCCUGUUUGGUCAGUUGCUGUGGAGGGAGUUCUUCUACACCGCCGCCACCAACAACCCCAACUUUGACCGCAUGGAUGGAAACCCCAUCUGCGUCCAGAUCCCUUGGGACCAGAACCCAGAGGCCCUGGCGAAGUGGGCCGAGGGUCGGACUGGUUUCCCCUGGAUCGACGCCAUCAUGACGCAGCUGAGACAGGAGGGCUGGAUCCACCACCUGGCCCGACACGCUGUGGCCUGUUUCCUGACCAGAGGAGACCUGUGGAUCAGCUGGGAGAGCGGCAUGAAGGUGUUUGAGGAGCUGCUCCUGGAUGCAGACUGGAGUGUGAACGCUGGCAGCUGGAUGUGGUUGUCCUGCAGCGCCUUCUUCCAGCAGUUCUUCCACUGCUACUGUCCUGUCGGCUUCGGGAAGAGAACGGACCCAUCAGGAGAUUAUAUCAGGCGUUACAUCCCCAUCCUGAAGGACUAUCCCAACCGGUACAUCUACGAGCCGUGGAACGCUCCGGAGUCCAUCCAGAAGGCGGCAAACUGUGUGGUGGGAGUGGAUUACCCCAAACCUAUGAUCAACCACGCAGAGGGCAGCCGGCUCAACAUCGAGAGGAUGAAACAAGUCUACCAGCAGCUGUCCCACUACAGAGGACUCAGUCUACUCGCAUCAGUACCAACCAUCCAGGAGGAGGCAGAACCACUGAUGACCGAUGAGUCAUCCUUCAGUGGACCUGACUCUCCUCCCAGAGGCCCCCCCCCCAGUGAAGCCGCCGGCUGCUCGACGGCUCCUCACUCGUCCACAGUCUUUGUGUCCUACGCUCCACAUCCAGAGCUGGAAGACCAGACGCCCUGCACCUCCUCAGGCUCACACCCUCACCCCCCCCAGACGCCCUGCACCUCCUCAGGCUCACACCCUCACCCCCCCCAGACGCCCUGCACCUCCUCAGGCUCACACCCUCACCCCCCAGCAGCCGUAUCAUGGAGCUUUGCCCCUCCCUCCCCAGCUCAUAGUCCUCUGUCAAGGUCGAAAGCCUCGUCCCCGUCCUCGUCAUGUCCCACCUCGUCCCCGGCUCCGAGUCCAGCCGGGACCUCAGGUCAGACUUUACCCAAAAGGAAAAGCCUCGCUCGCAAACCGCGUCGCAGCCCGAGGCCGCGAGGGCGUCCGAGCUCUGCUACGUCAGGCAGGGAGGGAGAGAGGAGGGAGGAGGAGGAAGAGGAGGAAGGAGAGAGGGAGAACAGGGGAGGGGACGAGAGGAUGGAGGAGGAUGCUGAACACGAGGUGGAGAGAAUGGAGGAGGAGACUUCAGCACAUCAGCAGUGAGACGAGGUGGAGUUUGAAGAGAAUCGUCUUCAAUCGUCAACUGGACACAAACACACACCAGGAACAACAUCAUACACACAAACACACACAAGGAACAACAUCAUACACACAAACACACACAAGGAACAACAUCAUACACACAAACGCACAUUUACCACAAGUGGAAUCAGUACAGACGCAUCUUACUCACAUCUUCUCCCGUUUAUUAUCUGGAUGAGCUUUUGCAUAACUUCAUAUUUUUAGAGCAGGACCAGUCCAGAAAGACUGAACACAAAAAACAAUCCUUCUGAUUUGAGACCAAAAAAUGAUUGACAUGUCCGACACCAGAGGUUCUGCUCGUGGGAGGAGAAACUCGGAGUUUGAUGAAGCUGCGUUUUGAUAUGUUGCAGUGUUGAUUUUAUAUAAAUUUUGUAUAAGAGAUUUAAUACGACAUCUCAGAGCGACAGUCAGGGACUGUGACGAGCAGAACUACUGACCGCCAUUCAAAUGUAUAAACACUAUUUUAUGUUAAUUUUUUAAUUAGGAAACUGUAAGUUUUUUUAAAUUAUCAUUUCAUUUAAAGCUUCACACUGAUGUUUAUGCAAAAGUUCAUGUUUCUGCUAAGUUUGGUUUUAAUUGUUUAUUUGUUGAUAUAGAAAUGUGGUGAAAUGUCAUGAUUGACAGUUGAGAAUGCCUCUGAUUGGUCAAGAGCAUGUGUUGGCGGGAACUCUACCACCGCUCCACUUCCUGGUUGUCCCUGUACUGGGAGACUGGGAGUCGGGGAUAUUUGGGUUUCAUUUCUAGAGAGUGGGAGGAAGUGGAGACUACAUCUUUAUCUAUAGUUCAUGAUUUUAACACUAUUGAAUCGACAUGUUAUGUAAAAACCCAGCGUACCGAUGUUCAGCAGCAGUCACAAGGUUCAUUAGGGAUCAUAACGUUUUAUAGUCGCCCUGUUUGCACCCGUCUGCUGUGGAGGGUCACACGUCUGUGAGGUCGUAGCAGCUCAUGAACCAAUCACUAAUAAUUCAAUUAAUUUAGACACUUUAUCUGCGGCGCAGAGGAAAACGAGACGAGUCUUUGAGACAAAAUGUUUUUAAGCUAUUGCCAUAAUUUUUAACUGGCAACUAAAAAUUAUUACUUUUAUUACAUGUCAUUUAGCAGACGCUUUUGUCCAAAGCGACUUACAUUUUUAGUACACUCAACAUUUAUGAGGGGCCAUUUUGGGGGGUUCAGUGUCUUUGCCAAAGACACUUAGGCAUGCAGAUGGGAAAGAGUGGGAUUCGAACCAGCAACCCUCUUGUUGCAGAACACCCACUCUAUCCCCUAGGCCAUGCUCUCCCCAAAAAUGCUGCUUGUGUGGUUUAAAAAACUAGAGGAGAGAAUGUAGAGCGGAAAGAACGGCGUGUUGCUCUCCCAUAUAUGUUUAACAGAGUUUGUAUAUAAAAUAUAUAAAAACCCUAACCUGUUUACUGAUGGUCUGUUUAAGGGGGUUUCAUAAAGACUUAAUUCUGUCUGGAUGUUUCUCACCAGAAGCUCCGCAACAGAAUCAUAAACACAGAACAAAACAAAUCUGCAAAUAAUACAGGGCUGAAACUAAAGACUAGUUUAUUAAUUAAAAAAUAAUUACUUAUUUAAGUUUCACAAAUUGGUUGAUUUUGAACAUUUAUGCCCAGUUUUUAUUGUGAGAAACACAGAUAUUCACUUUACUGUCGUAUAAAACAGAAGCCGUGAAUCCUCGUAUCAGAGGAGCUGACGUCAGCACUUAAGCAAACAUUUAAUUCAUUGACGUCUUAAUUCAGCUGAUAAAUAACUGAAUCUCAAAGUGAUUUCAAAAUCUUUUAUACAGAAAACCUAUUGUAGCCACCUGAGGAGGAAAAUGUUUAACAUUUAUGAAUGCUUUUCUGAAUUCACUUUAAAAUCCAAUCCCUCAUAGUUUGAUCCAGUUUCAUUUAGAUUAGAGAUGUUUGGAGAUAAUUGUGUCUUUAAGUAACAGAGGUCGUUAGUAGAGGUCGUUAAUCGACUGUGUGCCUCAGGACUUUGGGAUUGUUCAGGCUGAAAGAACAGGAAUUUUGAGAAAUCUCGUCAAAUAAUGGCUGAUAUUAUUUAUAAAUCAAAUUAUGUGUCUUCAAAAGUUGGAGACGGAACUGAAGACUGAAAAUUAAAAAGAUGUAAAUUAAUGUUUUUGUUUCUACGUUUCAAAACGUGGAAUCAAACCAAGCACAAAUUAAGGAUUGGAGUAUUUUUCUUUUGGGUAAAUAAUUAGUUUUUCUAAAUCAACGCAUCAUUUAAAUCCAAAGUGACUGUGAAACCCCCUUACUGUUUCCUGGAUGUGUCAAAGUUUAAUGGAUUGUUUUUUUGUCUCUAAGACAACCCUCAGCUCCUGGAGGCCGUCGUUCUGUUGGUGUUCAGGAGAAGUUGGAACUUGUGGAGUUUGCAUCUUUCAGGGUAAAAGGACAAUCAGGGGAAAACGCUCCCAGUUCAGCCUGUGAUCACAGAGAAACGCUCCCAGUUCAGCCUGUGAUCACAGAGAAACGCUCCCAGUUCAGCCUGUGAUCACAGAGAAACGCUCCCAGUUCAGCCUGUGAUCACAGAGAAACGCUCCCAGUUCAGCCUGUUAUCACAGAGAAACGCUCCCAGUUCCCACCGAUCCUGAACACAGCACAAGCCCCACUCAGCUGCCUGUGUUUACUGAACAUUCCAGGGAGCCCAGCUCGGGCCCUCGAGGGCCACAGGUCUGUCUGAGGUCUGUGGGUAACAUGGAUAUUUAUUUGUUUUGUACGCAAAGAGUUUAUUUUCAUUAAAACUGCUGAAGGAUUUGUGAUUGAACAGA